CUAUCCUUAUAAAAAAAUCAACCCCCCAGACCGGAACAAGAAUCCAUUUACAAAUAAUAACCCAUCUUCUUCUUCUUCCGCCCCAAGCACAGCAGCAACCUCCUCUGUUUCUCCAAUCCCAGAUGGGUCCGAUUGUGUUGACUCCGCUGGCCACCGGUCUGAGCGUCUUGGCCGGAGCGGUUCUGGUGAAGUCGGUCAUGGACCAGAAGCCUAUGAUGGGGCCGACCCAGUUCCCCCGAUGCCCCAGCUGCAACGGCACGGGUCGGGUCAUCUGCAUGUGCUCCCGCUGGUCGGACGGCGACGUGGGCUGCCGGACUUGUGCCGGGUCGGGGCGGAUGGCGUGCAGUAGCUGCGGCGGGACGGGUACGGGUCGGCCCAUCCCCGUUCAGCUCUCCGUUCGUAAUCGUAAUCCCAAGGGUUCAUCGUGAUACGGUUCAGCUGCUGUGUCUCCCGUCUCUCUUUUAGAAUUUGAAUUUGUUUUAGAUUUGAAAUGAAUUAUUAUGUAAUAUAUAUAUAUAUAUAUUUAUUUUGCCGAUACUUAGAAGCAGAGUGAGAGAGAGAUGGGGAAUUAUUAGAUUGUAAUUACAUUGAUGACUUCUUAUAACCUUAUACAAUGGGAUGGAUCUAUUCUCUUAAAGUCA